GUCCGUGAUGUGAUGUGAUGAUGGCGAAGACGAAAAACGAGAUAGUGAGACAGUGCCGUACCUCAUUUACUAAACAUUCAUAAAGUAUUUUACACAAACGGCGUGUAUAUUUUAAGUUAAACACCCAAAGAAUGUAGUGUGAAAUUUUUUUUACGAUAUGUUUUAAUAGCUACUUAGUAGCCGGUUUACUAACAUAAUGUCUUCCCUUCUAUUUAUUGUGUUCAAGUUGUGUUUAGGUCUAGCAUUUUAUCCUCAAUCAGCAGUGGAAGCACUCUUGUGUCAUUGUGAUAUUUGUGGGGCUGAGACCAAUCACACAUGUGAGACGGACGGUUACUGCUUCACUUCGACCUCACUCGCCAAGGAAACUGGAGUCAUUCAGCAUGCCUUCAGGUGCCUGGAACGAUCGCUAAUCUACCCUCCCGAGAACCCUUUCUUCUGUCAUUACAGUAACGAAAAUAACGACUCGUUUGUCAUUCAGUGUUGCAAAGACACUGACAUGUGUAACAAAGAACUGAAGCCGGCACUUCAUGUUCGGAGACACCAAGAGCGAGACUGGAGCAUGUCCGGAGGGUCGUACGGGACAUGGGAGCUGGCCGUGAUGAUUGCCGGCCCCAUUUGUAUGCUGUGUCUGAUUGUGAUGCUGGGAUUGAGCCUGUGGUCUCAACAUCGGCAGCAGCGUGACACCUACCCAUACCCGCCUGACGCUGACGGCCCGGACCAGCCGAUACUGGGCGCCGUGUCUCUGCGGGACAUGAUAGAGAUGACCACCAGCGGCUCUGGCUCAGGUCUACCAUUGCUGGUGCAACGCAGCAUUGCUCGUCAGAUUCAACUGGUUGAGACCAUUGGGAAGGGCAGGUUCGGGGAGGUUUGGAGAGGAAGAUGGCGAGGAGAGAAUGUUGCAGUGAAAAUAUUCUCUUCACGCGAGGAACGAUCUUGGUUCCGUGAGGCUGAGAUCUACCAGACAGUCAUGCUGAGACAUGACAACAUACUCGGUUUUAUUGCUGCUGACAAUAAAGAUAAUGGGACAUGGACUCAGCUGUGGCUGAUAACGGAUUACCACGAGAACGGUUCUUUGUUUGACUACCUGAACAGAAGCACCGUGGAUGUGCCAGGCAUGAUACGUAUGGCUCUGUCCAUAGCCACUGGCCUGGCUCAUCUACACAUGGAUAUUGUGGGGACGCAGGGAAAACCAGCCAUAGCACAUCGAGAUUUGAAGUCGAAGAAUAUUCUUGUCAAACUGAAUGGCACUUGUGCUAUUGGAGAUCUUGGGUUGGCCGUUCGUCAUGAUGUGACGACCGAUACUGUCGACAUUCCUUUGAACAACAGAGUCGGAACCAAACGUUACAUGGCUCCUGAGGUUCUAGAAGAUUCAUUGAACAUGAGCCACUUUGAUUCGUUCAAAAGGGCGGACGUGUACGCUCUAGGCCUCAUCUUGUGGGAGGUAGCAAGGAGGUGUAAUGUGGGAGGAAUCUACGAUGAGUACCAGUUGCCAUUUUUUGACGCUGUUCCAUCCGAUCCCACGAUUGACGAGAUGCGUAGAGUCGUCUGUGUGGAUCGUCAGCGGCCGUCCAUCCCAAACCGCUGGCAAGCAUGUCCGGCGUUGGUGGUGAUGUCCAAAGUGAUGAAGGAGUGUUGGUACCACAACGCGGCCGCACGACUCACGGCACUCAGGAUAAAGAAAACUCUGGCGAACCUCGGUGCCUCUGAGGACCUCAAGAUGUAAAUACCGCAGCUGUACAGUCAACAGACUAGUUUUGUUUAGAGCCACUUCUUAGUUACAGACGAUAUUUACUUUGGUGCAACGAAACAAGCAAUAGACACGGUUAGAUUUUCUUAAUUUAUACAUGUGAUUAUUUUUAAACUUUUAUAAUAUAGUAGUUUCUAGUAUUAACAGUAAGUUAUGAUACAUCACAUUAUUGACUGUUGAGAUCGAUUUUGAAAUAUUCUGACGUGUUUCCUAGUAUUCUAAGGGUUAACUUGCAGAAGUCUAAACUGGUAAUUCUGGUUAUUUGUUUUCUUUGUUUUUCUUAAAAUUGUGGUAAGUUUUAUCUGAUGUAUUUUCUCUAUGUAAUGUUGAUUUAAAUGUCGUCGAUAUUAAUGAAAAAAUUAGACGGUAAACUAUGUUUGGAAAGUGUUUUGAAAUCUGUUCAAUUCUUAUGGAUAUGUUAAACUAUUCAGAUAUUAAUAAUUUUCAAUGUAUUUAUUUGUUACAUUUCAAUACGUUCAGAUAGCUUUAAUUUUAUGUUACUAGCUAUUAAUAUUUGUUUUAAAAUUGAUAUAAAUUGUCUUUUUAAGAGUUUGAUUCGUAAACUUAAAAAGUUUCUGUACAUGGGAAAACUUUUCUUUUGAGCUUUUCUGUCUAAAGAGUUUAUGUUGAAUACUUUCAUGGUUUACAAGAAAAUUUUAUUUUGACAGUAGAAAAACUUAGAAAUGUUUGUGUUGAGUGUUUAUGUAAAAUGACAAAGUGUGAUUAAUUGUAAGCCUUAAGUUUGGGCUUUGUUAUGAAAGAAGUGAAAAUCCCCUCUAAAUUUGUUGUGGAAUAUUAACUUAUAUGAAACGUUAUGCAGCUUAGGUAUGUUUUAUGUUAAACUAGCUGUUGCGGCCUCUUGUUACUGUGGCUUUAAUCUAAAAAAGUUUAAGUUUUGUGGAAAAAGUUAGUGUAGGUGCAUAAAAUUAUGAUUAUCAUAAUACAUAAACUAAGAUUAAAUUUGAUUUUUCACUCGCAUUGAUGUGGCGCAUUUGGGUUGACUUUUACAAAACAAAUAUUGACUUAAUGCAAUUUUUUGACAAGCGUUUACAAAUCCAUUUACAGCUUGGUAAAAGUAUAAAUACAUUUUCUAUCUUUAGGAUAUUUUCCUGAUAUUAUUUGUCUGAUAAUACUUGUGUUGUUGCUUGGAAAAAAGGUUAAAUUCCAAAGCUGAAAUGUCUAAUACGAGUAAAGAUAACAGAACAGAUUGUGGCAUUUAGUGUUAAAAACUGUUUCACACUCAGCUACUAAAAACCAUACUAUACUGUUAUAUUUAAAAUUCAAUUCAUUCCAGUAAGGUGCGAAAUGUGUUAAAACAAAAAGUAACGGUAAGUUUCGUGAUAAUUUAUCAAUCAAAGUCUGGUUCAGUGAGGUUGACUGAUUCUGGUAUUAACGAUAGAGAAAAUCAAUUUAGUUUUAGGUUUUGAUUAAAAAUAAAGUAAAUAUUGGGGAUAUUUAAUUUUUACAGUCUAUCGUUUACAUCAUUGCACUCUGUUGAUGGCUCAAUUAACUAAGUUCAUUUUCAUUCUAAAACAGGCAACCACUUUAACAUGGUAAGGGAAUGUAUAGUUCUAUUCAUUGUCAUAGAUUAAAAAAAAAUGUGGUUUGAGAUGCUAAAUCAAAAUAAAGAUUAGAGAUUGUUGGAUUUAUCCACCACUAGCCAAGAACUUUGCUGGUAAUAAUAUAACAGUUAAAGAAAAGUAAAAUUGUUAUCAUACUUUAAGUUGGAAUCGUUCUAUAUUGACUAGAAUGUGGUAUGCCUAUAUACAUAGAGGGAUUACAUAGUUUAGUUUAGAAAAACUUUAAAAGAGGGGAUUAUUGAUAAAGUGAGACGAGAUUAAAUUUCUACUUUUGGAGUGAAGUAAGCAAAGAUUGUGCCUUAGACGUUAACUGUUUGCCAAUGGAAAUGUAUUCACAAAAUUCAUACUAUAGCCUUUUCAUAAUGAUUGCUGUGAAUGUUUUGUAAAAAUCCAGAUUCGUGAUAAGCUUGUUUUCUUUCUGUUGUUAGCACCUUAUGAAGGCUUUACCAGAUCAUAUUAAGUCAGUAAGAAGGAGUAAUAAGGUAGAAAACUUGGUGGACUCUAAAAAUACUCAUUAAUGUUAGCCCUAAGAAAAUUUGUUCAGGAACAAUUUUUUUUGUUUUAUCGCCAGUACCUUGUUAUACAGAAGACCCUGUAAGUUUUAAAUUUGUAAUUUAAUUUUAUUUUACAAUUUAACUGUUAUUUAAUCACCUUGUCUUAAGAUUAACAAUAACAAAAAGAACUUUUGAGUUGAACUUAGGUUUAUUUAAGUAAGAUUUUUCCUCUCUGGUGUUGUAUUUUGUACUUAAGGUGAUUAUUUUAGUAAUAAUAUUACUAUAUUUUUAAAUCUUAUAUUUUACUAUUAUAAACUCUUAGAUAUAUAUCUAUUUUAUGUAGGAGGUCUAGAAAAAGGUUAAGAGAUCCUCAGCGCAGCAGAAAAUGAGCUUUCGAUGUAUGCAGCUGGCUGUUGUAUGAGUAGUUAUGUACAAAUAAAUGAUUUGUCUUUUAUGCAUAUAUAUGUAGUGUAGUCAGAUAUUUUGGUUUAAUCAGUUGAAUUCGGCCUGUACCAAUAUACUUUUGCUCAAUGAUUGAGUACCAAGGUUAAAGAUGUACAUACUAGUUUGCUUGUAAUACAAGUUUGGAAUCUUUUGUAAAUAAGAUGCACAUAUUCCCAUCCUUUUUUAUGUAGCCAUCAAACAUUUGCAUAAAGUUUGUGACAUUUUCCAGUUAUUUCUUAGGGAAUCUACUAACAGUAAGGUAAUACACAAAUAGAAUAUCUUUCAGAUCUUAUUUUUACAAAACUUGUACAAGUUGUUGAGUCAGUGGCGAUGGGCUGUGAAACCAAUGCAGCAAUGUCAUUGGUCCGUGUCCCGGUGUAGCCUACUGUACCAGCUUGUUUCGUCACUGCUUUUCUUGCUUGAAAUGCAGGCAGAUGCCCAUUUGGGCUGAAAAAUUUCAAGGCUAAAAAAGUUGCAAAAUAAAAAUUAUGAUAGAAAGCAGAAAACUUCCUUUACAAUGGUAAUUAUUCCCUCUGUAGAAAUACAACUAAGCCAUCCUUCACAUGAAUGCUUAUCAUAAACUACUUUACAUUGUAACUAAAUCCACAUAUUGGUGUCAGAAUUUAGGAAUAUUGAAUCUCAAGUUUUCCUGAUUUGAGGCAGGAAAAUGUCAUAAGCUUUGCAAUGUUGUGCUGUAACAAUUCCAGUAGUGACCUGUUACCUCAGAUUUGACCUCAUGGUGUCCACUUUGGCCCUUUUUGACCUCUUUUAUACAAGACAGUACUGCCAAGUUUCAGGAAAAACAUAGUUUGGUAUUUAGUUUUAUUUGGUUUGUGUUAAUAUUCAUGUAUCUAUAUUAAUUUAAUAAGCAAUUCUUACUCGUUAAUCUGAUUUGUUCCUAUUAUUGUUUGGUGUUGUUUUGUUGAUUUGUGUUUAUUAAAAAUUUAAUAGUUGUGCUUGUUGAUAAUCGCUUUAAAAUUGGAGUAUACGUCUUUAAAUUUUGAUUGUAAUUUUACUCUAAGCCAUGAGGUAAUAAUUUGACACUUGCAAAACAAAGGGGUGCAAGUAUAUAAACAUGCUAUGUACUUUCGCCCAUUCGUCUUGCAAGAGACGAAUCAUUCUUAACUGGCAUUCAAUAACUAAACCAAUCAGUUUUUAUUGAGAGCAUAAUUUUUUUUAUUGCUAAAUUAAAAUUAUUGAAUUUGAAAUUGCUCGAUGAAAAUUUUAAAGUAGGCCUAGUAUUAAUAUUCUCUCUUCUAUAACGAUAAAAAUUGAAUGAAAGUUAAGUGGUCAUUAUUACAUAUUAACGUUGGAAAAACUUAACAAAACUUAAAAAAAAAACAAUAAUUUUUUGGUAUCAGACUUAUUUGAUUGGGGAACAGUUACCCUGGCACUAGAAAAACCAAAACUUUACACUAUACACAAUAUAAUAUUAUACUGUCAAUUUUAAACCAGGAACUCAUACUUUCAUGGGUUGGAAAUGCUGCCAGUGACACUGACAUAAUCUAAUCUGUAUGUCGGCUACAUGGUAAUUUUGUUGUUAUUCUAGUACCAGGGUGGACUCGUAUUCCAUUCUGAUAAGCAUGUUAUCUAACCAAUAAUCCUUAAAACCUAGUCCAUUGUGUCUCGUCUGCAAUGAGACAUAAUUGCAGAAAAGCAUGACCUCAUUUAUUUUAUUUGAAAAGUAACAUAAUGAUUUCCUUAAUAUUGCCAGUAAUAUGUAUUUUACAUUUAUUUAUCAAGACCUAAUCCCUCCACCAAAAACAGUUUUUUUUUUUUUCAACAAGCACAAAAUGUUAGUUUAGUUGCUGAUGAAACUAAAACAUAUUUCUCGCUGGUAGAUUGCCAUCUGAUUCAUUUGUAUAGUUGUAAAACAAUUAAUAUUUUUAUGGAAGUUGUUAAUUAAGAUAUUAAUUUUGUGUUGUUAUGUAAUCUAGUUGUAAUUAUUUUAUAAAUAUAUUUCCAUAUAAGAA